CGAGUUUGCGCAUGUCUUUCCGGUUUUGAUGGGAUUUACGUCAGGCAAGAUGGCGGCGACUGUGCUGAGGUCGCUCACCAAAUUGAGACGUCCUUCAGCUCUUAUUUUUCACAAUAAUUUUAUCGGCCCUGGUUGUACAGUGCUGCAAAAUAGGCAGAAGCAGUGGCAGCCAGAUGUUGAAUGGACGGAGCAGUUUGCUGGAGCGGUCAUGUAUCCCAGCGCGAUCACGGAGAAAUGGGUCGCCCCUCCAUGGAACGAUAAGGACCCCCCAAUGGAUAAGGAGGUGUCCAACCUGACCUUAAACUUCGGGCCGCAGCACCCAGCCGCUCACGGCGUCCUGCGGCUGGUGUUGGAGCUCAGCGGGGAGUCGGUGAAGAAGUGUGACCCCCACGUGGGCCUCCUGCACCGGGGCACCGAGAAGCUCAUCGAGUACAAGACCUACCUGCAGGCGUUGCCGUAUUUCGACAGGCUGGACUACGUGUCGAUGAUGUGUAACGAGCAGGCCUACUCCCUGGCUGUAGAGAAGCUCCUGAACAUCCAGGUGCCACUUCGGGCCCAGUGGAUCAGAGUGCUCUUUGGGGAGCUGACUCGGAUCCUGAACCACAUCAUGGGCAUCACCACACACGCCCUGGACAUCGGGGCCAUGACGCCCUUCUUCUGGAUGUUCGAGGAGAGAGAGAAGAUGUUUGAGUUUUAUGAGCGUGUGUCGGGAGCCAGGAUGCACGCCGCCUACGUCAGGCCUGGAGGAGUUCACCAGGACAUGCCUUUGGGCCUGAUGGAUGACAUUUAUGAGUGGUGCAGGAACUUCUCCCUUCGUAUCGAUGAGGUGGAAGAGAUGCUGACCAACAAUCGCAUCUGGAAGAACCGCACAGUUGAUAUUGGUGUGGUGGACACCGAGGUCGCUCUAAACUAUGGCUUCAGCGGUGUGAUGCUGAGGGGUUCAGGCAUUAAGUGGGACCUACGGAAGUCUCAGCCCUACGACGUGUACGACCAGGUGGAGUUUGACGUCCCCGUUGGGAGCAAGGGAGACUGCUAUGACAGGUACCUGUGCCGGAUAGAGGAGAUGAGGCAGUCUCUGCGCAUCAUGCAUCAGUGUCUCAACGAGAUGCCGGAGGGCGAGAUCAAAGUGGACGACGCUAAAGUCGCCCCGCCCAAGCGCUCCGAGAUGAAGACCUCCAUGGAGUCUUUGAUUCACCACUUCAAGCUGUACACCGAGGGGUAUCAGGUCCCCCCAGGGGCCACAUACACUGCAGUGGAGGCCCCCAAGGGAGAAUUCGGUGUUUACCUGGUGUCCGAUGGGUCCAGCAGACCGUAUCGUUGCAAGAUUAAAGCACCUGGAUUCGCCCAUUUGGCGGGAUUGGACAUGAUGGCGAAAGGUCAUAUGUUAGCUGACGUGGUCGCUAUCAUUGGCACACAGGACAUUGUAUUUGGAGAAGUGGACCGUUAAUUUCUUGUAGUCCUGCAGGUCUAGAGAGAGAUUCUCUACUCCAUUUGGUUUGUCUCUGUCUCUCACAGAUUUAGUGCUGUUUAAACACAGCCUCAUUCUCGUACUCCUUCAUAUGUGUACAUCCAAAUAAAUAUUUAAUAUCUCAA